AUGCAGAUCUUGAUCAUCACGGGCCUCCUGCUGCUUCGCCCCCGCUUGGAGUUCGCGCCUUGCGGCCGCCAGCACUGCCAGCGCCACCCGCACGCCCUGAGCCUGCAGCUGCGGCGCCUGCAGCCCGCCUCCGAGCUGGGCGCCUCCGACGGCGCCGCCGGCCUCGUGGGCUCCCUGCAGGAGGUCACCAUCCACGAGAAGCGCAGGGAGAGUUGGCAGUUGAGGAAAGGUAUCAGCGCUGUUGGGGAAGAAGUGGACUAUGAUGAAGAGCUGUAUGUGGCUGGCAACAUGGUCAUUUGGAGCAAAGGAAGUAAAAACCAAGCUUCUACUGUUUAUAAGGCUUUCACUGUUGACAGCCCUGUCCUACAGGCCUUAUGCAAUGAAGUAGUAGAGAAAUGUAUCUGCAUAUUGCAGAACUCAUGUAUAAAUGUGCAUAGCGUGGAGGGAAAGGAUUACAUUGCUGCUUUACCUUUUCAGGUGGCAAAUGUCUGGCCAACAAAAUAUGGCUUGCUAUUUGAGCGCAGCAGUUCUUCACAUGAAAUGCCUCCGAGUCCACCCAGAGAACCUUUGCCUACUAUGUUCAGCAUGCUACAUCCAUUAGAUGAGGUAACACCUCUUGUCUGCAAGUCUGGAGGUGUGUUUGGCUCUGCCAGAGUUCAGUAUGUUGCUGAUUACACCAUGAGGAUUGUGUUUCUCAACGCUGAACCUUCCAUCAUGAUGACGUAUGAUACUGUUCAGAGUUUACACACUGUAUGGGCUCUGCGUAGAGUAAAGCCAGAGGAGCAGACCACAGUGCUGAAGUUUGCUGAACAGCUGGGCACACCCCAGCACGUGGCCACCAGCAGCUCUCUGACCGCUCAUCUCAGGAGCCUCUCCAAAGGUGACUCUCCUGUGGCUUCCCCUUUCCAGAACUACUCGUCUCUUCACAGCCAGAGCAGAUCCGUGUCGUCGCCCAGCACGCAGUCCCGCUCGCCAUCCAUCUCCAACAUGGCUGCUUUGAGCCGCUCGCAUUCCCCUGCCCUGGGAGUGCACUCUUUCUCAGGAGUGCAGAGGUUCAACUUUUCCAGUAGUGCUCAGUCACCAAAGAGGCACAGUAUUAACCAUUCUCCAAACAGCACUUCCAAUGAUUCCUUCCUCAUCCCAGAAACGGAACCAAUUGUUCCAGAGCUGUGUAUAGAUCAUCUGUGGAGUCGCAAGCAUGAGAGAGAAGAAUUCCCAAGCAUCCAAGGUGUUUAUUACCACUGACCUCUGCGGGCAGAAGUUCCUGUGCUUUUUAGUGGAAUCCCAGCUCCAGCUGCGCUGUGUAAAAUUUCAAGAGAGUAACGAUAAGUCACAGUUGAUCUUUGGUUCUGUCACCAAUAUUCAAGCAAAGGAUGCAGCUCCAGUGCAGGGCAUUGAUACAUUGCUGGUUCUGGAAGGCAGUGGAAAUCUAGUGCUUUAUUCUGGAGUGGUUCGGGUGGGGAAGGUUUUUAUUCCUGGACUGCCUGUUCCAUCCCUGUCGAUGUCCAACCAAAUGCCUCGACCAAGCACCCCUUUGGAUAGUAUCAGCACUCCAUCCAAGCCUUUGAGUAAACAUCUGGGGCCUUUAGAAGAG